AUGUGCGCAGUAGCACCUAAGUCCAUGUACAAGUCGCCUCCACCGACAAAGCUACGCAGCGACGGCGCAGAGUGCUGGGCGGCGAGGAGGGUGGGGUCCCAUGGCACAGGUGAGAAGCUGCGGCAGCGGCGGUGCACGCGGGGAGGCGCUGCCCGGCGGUGGCGGCGGCGGGAAGCUGCGGCGGCGGCGGUGCGCGCGAGAAAGCGCGGCGCGGCGGCGGCGCCGGCAGUAGGGAGCGGCAGCGAGAAGGCGCGGCGCGGCAGCGGCGGCGGCUGCAGGGAGAGGCUGGCGGGGGAACGGUGGUACGAUGGUCUUCAUAAAGGGUACGACAAAGAGCAUCGUGCGCGGGACAUUGAGAAUAACGGGGAACUAACACCUAUGCGCAUGAGAGGUCAUAGUGCCCACGACUGGCCGUGCGACGAGCGGUAUGAGCCAUACUUUGAGAGAUUGGGCCUUCUCCCGUUCGUGCUUCAGUUCAAGCGACACGCUCCGUCGAUCAACCAUGGGGCGAUGACCGCACUUAUUGACCGAUGGAGGCCAGAGACACACUCGUUCCACUUGUCAUGUGGAGAGAUGACCGUGACCUUGGAGGACAUGGCGAUGAUCGGUGGCCUUCCAAUCAAUGGAGAAGCUUUGACCGGCACCACCGUAAGUGCUAAUUGGCGAGAUCGUGUUGGCCAAUUGACAGGUGUUUUCCCCGAGCCUCCUGAAGAAGGCGAGCGUGACAGUGAGAAAGUGUUGCAUCAUUGGCUCCGAGGGGAGAGAGGAGUAGUAUGCCCUCCGGACACCAAUGAGGUUGUUGUGCAGCAGCACGCCCGAGCAUAUAUGUGGUAUCUGUUAACGAGGGUAGUGUUUCCAGAUUGUACCAGUAAUAAAGCCCAGUGGAUAUUCUUGGACCUACUAAGUGACUGGGACCGUAAGUACAGUUGGGGUUCAGGAGCACUAGCAUACUUAUAUCGUCAGCUCGACGAGGCAUGUCGUAGGAAGAAGGGCACAUCUGGUAUGGGUGGCUUUGUUUGGUGCCUUCAGGUUUGGAUGUGGGAGCGGAUGCCCGUUGGACGCCCCGAGAAAAACAAGACACCUCCUGAAGGAUGGGUCCCACAUGACGGGAGGUAUGGAGAAGAUCCUUGGCGGUUUCCGACCGUCGCCUACUGUUGGGAGAUGGCGAAUGUGUACACAGGCAGCUCGGUUGCGUGA